GCCCCCGGGGCAACUGAACCCCACCGCCCCCACCUCUCCCUCUCUGACAUUUUUUUAGCGGUAUUUUCCGAAACCACCUAAUACUCCUAACACUUCUACCAUCGCUUUUAGUUUCGUUUCUCGUAGAUUUUGUCCGAAAGACAGGCUGCGAUUUUCGGUCAUAUUUUUGUUUUAAUCUGAUUUUUGUAAUUUUAUAUUUGAAUUAUUUUCCUCUGAGUGAUUCCCGGGAAAAAAAAUGUAGUGGUUCUUGUGUUGGUUGAAUAGGAAAAGAAAAUCCAUUCAAGAUGUGUACGUGUUCGGGAUGAAAAAAGUCACAGUGUUUGGUUUCGAUGGCAAGGGAAGCUCAUAAGGAAAUGUCGACAGAUAAACGGCCUCACUUCUUUGCGUUUUAUUCCUCUAAUUUGAGCUCAGAACGACUGAGUAUAUUGGGAAGUUGUUGGGUUCUCUUAAUAUUUGGUUUGCAUGAAAUGAAAUGAGGCUAUAUCCUGACAGUAAUUUGGUGGUAAUGCAACUGCAAUAUCUCACAGAAAAUUCCGGCAAAGUUUAUGCAACACUUGGAAGGCAGAACAUAUGGAUCAGUUUCAUUAGUGGGUCCUAGUGGGAACACAUGGCAAGUUAACCUAGUUCAGCAAAAUGAUGAUUUAUUCUUUCAUCAUGGAUGGCCAGAUUUUGUGAGAGAUCAUCACAUAGUAUGUGGUGACUUUUUGGUCUUCAGAUAUGAUGGCGAGUUAAAUUUCACCGUGCAAGUUUUUGAUCAAAGUGCGUGUCAGAAAGAAGCAGCCUUUCAUUCUGAAUGCAGUCAGGAUCCUCGCAUCUCUGAUAAAAUUCUGGGUCAGAAAAGAGAAAGGGAGGAGGAUGUUUCCUCCUCAGAUAAAAUUGUUGAAGGUGUGCUAAAGAAAAUGAGAGAGAGAACUUCUCAUUCUUAUUCAGAAUGUGUAGACAAUAACCAGCAAGCUCGGUUGAAUACACGCAAUGGGGAAGGAUGCCAGUUUGAGGGGGUGCUUGUGUCUAAACCAUGUGAAGAAGCAAGAUUGUCCACGGAAACAAAGCAAUGUGGCUGUUCACCAAAGAGUUCUGCUAUACCCUCUCGAACAGAAGGUUGUAAUGAAAAGCCAGCUCUGGAUGUUGUUCUAUUCAAAACGAAGGCAAUUCAGAGUAUAAGCAGCAAAGGAGAUGGCUUUAAUUUGAAUGGUAGAGUUUGUGUGCAGAUGUCCUCAGCACAUGAAGUUGCUCAAUCAUUUACUUCUUCUUUUCCUUAUUUUAUGAGAAUCAUGAAAAGCUUCAAUGUCAGUGGUUCAUAUACUCUGAACAUUCCCUAUCAAUUUUCAAUGGCGCAUCUUCCAAACUGCAAAGUAAAGAUCGUCCUUAAAAAUUCACAAGGAGAAUGUUGGACAGUUAAUUCUGUGCCUAGUACAAGAGUGCAUACAAGUCAUACACUCUGUGGAGGAUGGAUGGCCUUUGUUCGUUACAAUGACAUCAAAGUUGGAGAUAUCUGUAUCUUUGAACUUGUGAGUGAGUAUGAAUUUCAUGUGCACAUUCUUGGGGAAGGGGUAGACUGUCAAAGUGGAAAAGUAGCUCCUAGUAGGCCACCUGCUGGGCGUGCUGUCGCUUCACAUAAAAAUUACAAAAGUUUGUCAAAGAAAAUGAAAGGAAAUUCUUCUAAGGUCCAUUCGAAAAGCCUAAAAAUGUUAGAAUUAGCUGAUAAAAGAGUUUCAAAGAAGCAUCUAGAUGCAGCUUUCGCCGAUGAUACAAAGAAACAUGGAAGCACAUCAAAAACUUUUAGUAGAGUUGCAGUUUGUUCUCAGUCAAAAGCUGCUACUAAAAAGUUGGUUGUUUGCCGGAAAAAAGGUGCAGAAGAUGAACUAGGCCCACAAGCUAGAAGUGGUUUGAGAAUGAUGUUAGCACUUGAUGAAGAACGAGUGGCCCGAUCUUUCACUUCUUGUUUUCCCAGUUUUGUGAAAAUCAUGAAGAAGUUCAAUAUCAGUGGUUCUUAUACUUUAAAAAUCCCUUACCAAUUCUCUACUGCACAUCUUCCGAGCUAUAAAACUGAGGUUGUGCUUCGCAAUUCUAGAGGGGAGUGUUGGACUGUGAACUCUAUCCCAGACUCAAAGGGGCGAAUGGUGCAUACUUUUUGUGGAGGAUGGAUGGCAUUUGUUCGAGGAAAUGAUGUCAAUUUUGGAGAUAUCUGCAUCUUCGAAUUGAUUGGGAAGUGUGAAAUGCGUGUACAUAUUUCUGGAGUUGGAAAGAAAGAGCUUGACUUUCAGGGUGGAGAAGCAACGUUGAAUGAAUUGGCUUUAGUGUCAUCUAUCAGCCAUCAUCCUUCUUUGUGACAUAAAUGAUAGGAGAUCAACCUUCACUGAAAAUAGAAUUUGGUGAGCUUUCUAAUUUGCACCACAUUUUUUUGGUAAAAUUUGUGUGCACUUGUCACUUAAAUUUUACAUUCAGCUCCGCUUUAGCUAGCGGUUUUUGCUUACUAAAUUAUCUUGAUUCGGGAUGAUCUAACUUCGAGGGUGUCAUCUUUCUUUCUGAUUCAUAUGAAAGGAAAUCAAAAUUCAAUGGACAGGUUUUAUGGUAA